UCCGAGCGCGGCGGGCGGGAGUGUGCGGCGCUGUUUCCGGAAGUGGCGCGGCGACCCUUCGCUUCAAACCGCCGCUCGAGCGCAGAGACGCGGCGAAAUGGCCGACGGUGUGGAUCACAUCGACAUCUACGCGGAUGUCGGCGAGGAGUUCAAUCAGGAGACUGAGUACAGUGGGCACGAUCAGAUAGAUUUAUAUGAUGAUGUCAUAUCACCAUCUGCCAAUAAUGGCGAUGCACCUGAGGAUCGUGAUUACAUGGAUAGUAUACCACAAUCUGUUUCGGAGGAUGGUGGCAAAACGUCCAACUCAUUGGGUCCAAAUAUUGUUUACACUUAUACGGGCAAGAGAAUAGCUCUGUAUAUUGGAAAUCUAACUUGGUGGACCACAGAUGAGGAUUUGACUGAAGCUCUGCAUUCAAUGGGCAUUACUGAUGUUCUGGAGAUAAAGUUUUUUGAAAAUCGAGCUAAUGGGCAGUCUAAAGGAUUUGCACUUAUUUGUGUGGGAUCUGAAAGUUCAUCCAAAAAACUGAUGGAUAUGCUUCCUAAACGAGAUAUGCAUGGACAGAAUCCUAUUGUCACACCCUGCAAUAAACAGUCACUGAGUCAAUUUGAAAUGCAGUCUCGGAAAUCUACUCAGUCUGGUCAAAUGUCUGGUGAGGGCAGGGCUGGGCCUCCAGGACUGAACAGUCGCUUAGCAUUUUCCCAAAGUGGAAGGGGACGCGGUCGCUUUCCACCCUCUGGCCCUGGUGGGGACAGAUUCCCAGGACCUUCUGGACCAGGAGGACCGCCUCCUUUCCCUGGCGAAUAUCAAAAUGAAAUUAGAAAAUACUGGAAAUACCCGGGAGGGCAAAUAGCAUCCAUGGAGAGAGGUUUGGACACGCUGGAGGCAAGAAACAUGUUCCCAAUGCUGGGAGAGUCAAGAACCAGGGGCCACAGUUUAAGAAUAAGGGGGCAAGGUCCACCACGGCCACCUCCAGGUCCUCCUGGCCCACCAGGCCCGCCAGGUCCGCCUCCACCUGGACAAGGUCUUCCUCCUCCAUUAGGUGGGCCACCAAAUCGUGGUGAUCGCCCUCCACCUCCAGUUCUGUUUCCAGGACAACCGUUUGGGCAACCGCCAAUGGGACCGCUCCCUCCUGGUCCUCCUCCGCCUGUUCCAGGCUAUGGUCCUCCUCCAGGUCCCCCUCCUCCUCAGCAAGGACCUCCACCACCACCUGGUCCUUUUCCCCUACGUCCACCAGGCCCACUUGGCCCUCCUAUUAAUAUUGCUCCACCUCCACAUCUUCCUGGGCCCCCUCCAGGUGCACCUCCUCCAGCGCCUCAUGUAAAUCCUGCUUUCUUCCCACCACCGGCCAAUAAUGUAAUUCCUUCAUCUGACAGUCGUGGGCCUCCUCCAUCGGAUCCGUAUGGACGCCCCCCUCCAUAUGACCGAGGAGACUAUGGACCUGCUGGCAGAGACAUGGAUUCUUCAAGGACUCCACUCAGUGAAGCAGAAUUUGAGGAAAUCAUGAAUCGAAACAGAGCGAUUUCCAGCAGUGCAAUAUCAAGGGCUGUGUCAGAUGCUAGUGCUGGUGACUAUGGAAGUGCUAUUGAAACUCUGGUUACUGCAAUUUCUUUGAUUAAGCAGUCUAAAGUAUCUGCUGAUGAUCGUUGCAAAGUUCUCAUAAGUUCACUGCAAGAUUGUCUUCAUGGGAUAGAAUCAAAAUCCUAUGGCUCUGGGUCAAGAAAACGAGAGCGAUCACGAGAGAGGGACCACAGCAGAUCAAGAGAGAAAAGCAGACGCCACAAAGAACGCUCGCGAAGUCGUGAUCGGCAUGAUGACUAUUACCGUGAACGAAGCAGGGAGCGGGAAAGGCAUCGUGAUCGAGAUAGAGACAGAGACAGAGAGCGGGACAGAGAACGGGAGUAUCGUCAUCGUUAAAAAAGGGAAGAACAAAAUCUACAUCAUGAAUUUUGACACAUUACAGCUGUCUGAAGAGAAACGUCUCCAGAUAAAAGAAACAACAAAGCUCUUCACGGAAAAGACUGCCCUUUAUCCAUCUUUGGAAUUUCAUGGUUGAACAGGAAUUCUCAGGCUACGUGGUUAAAUGGAGCAACAGUAACGAAUAAAGCAAAUCCACUGUAAUGGUAACUGAUUGCUCAAUAUUUUUUUUAUGUUGCUUGAUUAACCAUUUUAUUUGGACACAACCUGUGUGACUUAAAAGUUACUAAAAGCUUUGGCAACUCUUCGUAUUCUAAGCGUUAGACUACAUGACGUGUAAACAAUUAAAAGUCGUUAGCUUUACUGUUUUUAUAGUUCUUUCAUCUUGUUUUCAAAAUUGUUACAAAAAUGUUAAUGUUCAAAUAAUGACUGUAAGCAGCUCAGUUUCAGUUUAUCAAAAUAGAUGUACUAUUAGUGUUGUAAUAAACUGUUAAAUGGAUCCUAUGGUUGUGUAAAUUAUGCAAGUUCUCAUUCUGUUUCUUAAUGUUAAAUCAUUUUGGCUGUAUGUUGUGAUAUAUUAACUUGAUAAAUUCAAAAGUGUAUAAUUUUCCCUUACAUUUCGCCCUUUAGUUAAAAUCCCAUUAUCAAUUUAAUAUAGAAGCAUCUUAAUGUUUUAAAAGACAUCCAGAUGUGGUUGAUUCAGAAUAUUUUAACAUAAGUUCUCUUCACACUGGGCAUAAAAAUCUCAGCAAUAUAAUCUGACAAACGCUACCUUUUUGUAGAAGAACAUUUCUGUUUUGUAUGUCAAACAUAGUAUUUGGAGUGAAAAUUUAAUUUUAGCAGAAGGACUUGUCCUGAUUUACAUUUUUAUAUGCCUCUAUUACCUCAUUUGAGGAGAGGUUUUGUUGUAAUUUAAUGCACACUAUUUAUUUGGGCCUGCCAAAUACUUAAGAUUUUUAGACUAAUUGAACAGAUAAAAGACGAUCUCAAUACAGUUAGCAAAUAGAAGCCCAGGAUCUUUUUUCUUGUAAUGUAAAUUGAAAACUGUACUUGUUUUCAUUUGGUCUUGAGUUUGAAUUUUAAAAACUUCACAUUUCUACAUGCUGCAUUUUCCAUUUUGUGAAUAGAUUUCUCACUUUUGGUAGAAGAUGCAGUAUAUGUUCAGUAUUUUUCUAUAGUUCUGGUCUCAGAAAAUCAGCUAAAAUGGUAUCCAAAUACUUGGUCACAAGGGCAGUAUGUGUAGAUUGAUUCUUGAUGGUUUUAAUGUUCUUGUACAUAUUCAGAACAAAGCAAGGAUAACUAACAGCUUUGACUGUCUGUAUAUUAGUGGUAUUUUUUGCACUGAAAAUUCAAAUGACAAAUAUAUGAAAGGCAACUAUUUGGCCAAAUGCAAAAAUGUUUAAGCUGUUUGAAGAAAGAUUUGGUGCCGAGGUGUGAUCGGUUGAAGUACAUGUCCGUUGAAAGAUGGUAUGUCAUGAGUUUUUAAAGUGAUGCAUUAAAAACACAAUUCGAUGGG